AUGAUUUUUGGCCUAGGCGAUCCUGAUAUUAUACCAUCAGAUGAUGAUACGAACAACAGUAACAACGAAAAGUCGGUCAUUUCAGCGACAGUUUGUGGCAUAUUGAUUAUGGUCAGUGUGAUCAUUGGUGUUCAUACAAUACGUCGUCUAAAACGUAGAAGUUAUCAAAGAAUCUCGGAAUUUGUUAAUAAUAAUAAUAAUAAUGAAGAUGUCGACACUGAUUCAUCAUUAUUGUCGGCGGCGGCCGCGACAUCAGCACUGAUGCCACCUUCAAUGAUUGACAAUCAUAUCGUUGAACCAUUUCAGUAUGAAAAAUUAAUUACUCCUCAACCAAAUCACCAGUUAAUCAAUAAUAAUUAUCAUAAUGUUAUCAUUAAUGAAAAUGAUUAUUUACAAAAUAACAAUAUGUCUUCGGUUAAUUUGAACAGUUAUCCACCUCCGUAUGGAUCGAUUACAGGUGAUUAUUAA